AUGAGUGAUGCAAAGAUUGAAGAAGCCUCUAUGGGCAUGCUGAAGACAGACCUCACUGCUGCAGACUGCCUGCAGGAGGGAGAAGUGGGUAAAAAACUCCAAGUAAAAUGUCUCAGAAUUUUCUCCUCCAAGUUGCUUGUUAAGCUUUACUGCUGCUAUGGAGUGAUCACAGUCCUCACUAUGGCCGUAGUUGCUCUUUCUGUUGCUUUGUCAGUGAGAAAGAAAAAAACAGUCACGGAAAGCUGUGAACCUUGCUAUGCCACAUGCCCAAGUGGCUGGAUUGGGUUUGGAAGUAAAUGCUUUUAUUUUUCUGAAGACAUGGGAAACUGGACAUUUAGCCAGUCCUCCUGCAUGGCACUAGAUGCCCAUCUAGCUCUGUUUGACAGCCUGGAAGAGCUGCAUUUUCUGAAGAGAUACAAGGGGACUUCUGACCACUGGAUUGGCCUGCACAGAGAGUCAGCAGAACACCCUUGGAUGUGGACAGACAACACUGAGUAUAACAACUUGGUUCUCACCCGAGGAGGAGGAGGAGAAUGUGCCUACUUGAGUGACAAGGGAAUCGACAGCAGCAGGGGCUACACACAUAAAAAAUGGAUUUGUAACAAGCCCAACAUCUACACCUUACAGUGCCCAGUAGUUGUAGAUCCAGGCUAG